AUGUUUGAUGAUGCCCCGUCUGGAAUGCCUGUGAAUUUGGAUGGUGAAGAAUCUUUUCAUGAGGAGUUUGAAUCUUCGUCACCUUUUGGAGCAGAGCAGGGAGAGGGAUUACAACAUGACAGUGCCAUGCAACUUUUGUUUGGGGCCGAAGCUGAUGAUGCAAUUUUUGGCGGUGAUUUUGGUUUGCCUUUUGACACCCCUGUCCUGGAAGGUGCAAGGGACAGCAGUGUCAGCUUCGUGGAUGCUGACGGCGACGUUAGAACUCCUGAGGGAUCCUUUUCCCAUGUGGAUUCUGUCAUUUCUGAAGCCAUCCGUUUGACUGACAAGAAACCUGUGUUUUAUCCUUGGGAGAAGGGUCGCAUGUCAAGAAUUUUUGGCGAUCGCGGGAGGUUGGAAUCCAAAAUGCCACGAUUGCAUGCUAGCAGCAACAGUUUUGUGAAAGUAGAUGUUGAGGUGCGCCAAGGUCUUCAAUGCACUGCAGCAAUUGGUGUAAGACCAACUAGGUCUGACGAUGCGCUGUAUUCAAGUGUGGUCAAGCAGGUCAUUGGGGGCUCCUACGUCGAGGAGCGCGAUGCAAAGCGAGACCUGGCAGUCAGAGCUUGGUGGGAUCUGCUUAGGUUGGACAUGUUGUGCAGUGACCCGGGCCGCAUUGCUAUGCAAGAGAAAGGGCUUGCCGACAUCUACAGGAAUGGCAUUGAGAUCCUGGACGCUUCACUUGGUGUCAAGAGCCCCAAUACUGUGAUGAAGAGGUUGUAUGCGGCCAAGACAUAUAAUACCUGGGUCACUAGAUGCAAUGGUAAAUCUUGGCUGCCAGUGGACGAGCAGACGGUUUGGACCUAUUUCAAAGAGUUGAAAGCGGAGAAAGCACCUGCAACAAGAGCAACAUCAUUUUCGGAGGCUUUGAGGUUUUGCCACUUUGUGUUCAGAGUUGAUGGCUGCGAAGAGGUGCUUGCCAGUCUUCGGGUGAGGGGAUUGGCAUCUCAACACUAUGCUUGCAAGAGGCCUUGGAAGCCGGCAGACCCUUUGCCUGUCUCCGACGUCCAGUUGCUGAACAGAGCGAUGUUGGAUGACAGGCGCAGCACAGUUGACAGGGUCUUGAUUGGUCACUUGCUUCACAUGGUUUAUGCUCGUGCACGGUUUUCAGAUUUGUUGGCCUCUGUCAAUUGCAUGUUGGAUGAUGAAUGCGUGUUUCUGGAAUUGGAAGCUGCAGUACACAAGGGAUCCAAGGCCAUGCUGUUGCCGGUGGUUGCCCCUGCCAAUUGGAUUUCAGAAGGAUGCUGGGCCAAAGACGAGCCUGAGCCUAUGUUGCCUGCACCAGAGAGAGGAAAUGAAUGGCUUCAUGAAGAAGCUCUUCAGGAUGGUGGUGUGCCAUUGGUUGGGUGCCGCAUUUCUACCCAUUCGUGCAAGGCCACCUGCAUUUCUUGGUGCGCCAAGCAUGAUGUGAGUCCAGAGCAUCGUGCAGUGCUGGCCAGACACAGCACGGCAGCGCAGGGCCCCACAGCCUUGUACUCGAGGGACCUCAUCACUGCAGCAUUGAGGAGCCUGGUUGCAGUACUGGAUGCAAUCAAAGCCUUGACCUUUUUUCCUGAUCGGUCGCGCUCUGGAAUGAUCACACCUGUACCAGUACCAAAGGCGCCUGGCAUAGCAACACCAAUGCCGGCUACGCCUUUGCCAACAGCAGCAGCCAUGGGCCAGCAGGAGGGAGACCGGGCUGAUGAGGGCCACGAUGCAACCAGUGUUGCCCCUACGCCCGAAAGUCCCUUGCCAGAGACCCCAAAAUCUUGGCAGCGCGUUGGAUGGCCUGAGCAAGACUUGGAGGAGGGUGGUCAGAUGGAACCAGUGCCACCCAAUCUUUUGGCAGACUGGGCUGAGAGUUCGAGUGACUCCAGUUAUGGAUCUGAGUCCUACAGCGUGAUGUUGAGGUGCAAUGGGAGCCGGAUGCUAUGA